GUUGUAACCGCGGUCGCCAUGCCAUGCGGUUGUUCCGUGAUUGACAAUUUCGUUCCUGAAUAUGUCGUUGAAAAAGUGUUCGUGAAAUUAUUAUCUUUGUUUCAAAAAGAAAAAUUUACGGGGUGAUAGUGUCGAAAAAGUGAGUGCAUAAUUACUAUGAAGCGACAAGUGACUUUCUUUUGAGAGUUAAAAUCUCGAGUCUUCACCCUGUCGGUUAUAUUGUUAGAGGUUGGAUACAGCAGUUACAAUUUGAAUUUUACUAUGUAUUCAAGAUAUAAACAGAAAAAGGAGGUGAUAUUAAAGAACAUGCGUCACUUUCGCUGAGUCGUGGCUGGCGAGAAAAGGGGAAACUUGUAAAAACAAGUAAGGAUAAAGAUAAGACAAUGACAAUCAACGAAGGAAAUCCUGUGCCGACCGCAACCUUUUCUUCAGAAUCGAUGACCACUUCCACCGGAAACUUGGAUGAUGAUUCCACAACGACGUCACAACUUUCACCUUCUUCAUCAACGUCCUUUAUCGGAGAUUGUGUUUACAGAGGCGAGGGAAAUGCGAAUAUCGUAGUUGCACUUCCACAAGAGCAGAAAGUAAUUCGAUUUCGGAAAUCGCUGCCAGAUGAUGUUUCACCGGAUGGCGGCAAACAACGAACCGAACGACAAGUGGAAUUCGUGAGAUUUGUGGCUUUCUGUUUUUUGGGCCCGUACACGCAAGUCCCUGAGAUUCUUCGUUACGAUGCGAAAGACAUUGCUAAACUUUCAGAAGCUAUUCGACCCCUACGAUCAGAUAAACGACGUAAUAAGGAAAUCAUGGACAUAUAUGCCACAACAUUUCCGGAUUACACGUUUCUUCCAAUAAAAUUCAAUACUAAUCUCUUUCCAACUAACAGAACAUUUUGUGUUGAAAUUAAACCAAAACAGGGCUAUCUGCAAGAUAUUGACCGCAAAUUUCAAAAAUGUCCUUACUGUCUGACACAAUAUUAUAAGUUAAGGAACAAGAUGAUUACAUGCCGUAGCACUUAUUGUCCGUUUGAUCUCUUCUCGGGAGUGGAAACUCGUAUGAAAUCGGCACUAAAAGCACUACUAACAUCACCACAGAAUAAUCUCAAGAUUUUUAAGGAUGGCGUUAUAGUUUAUGACCAAGAAUCAACUUGCAGUGAUCUUGAAUGUGUCUUGACGGAAUGGUUUCACAAUUCUAUUAAUUUUACAAAUAUAGAAUACAUUGAUCACUUUUGUAAUUUAAUUUGCACCGCUCUUUUACGUCCGUUUAUUUUCGAAGAAUUUAAGUCUAAUAUAUUUCCUGCGCAUGAAUUGCGCACAUCUGUUAUCGAACAAGAUUCGAAGACGUCCUCAUACAUUAAUCCGGAUCUGAUAGCAAGAGCUAAGAAAUAUUUGUAUUUUACUGGAGAGACGUGCAACUUAAAGGGAGAAAUAUUGCCAAAUAAUUCGGUACUAGAACGAAUACUUCAUAUGCAGCGGCUACCUUUUAUUAGCUCAGAAUACGUUUAUAAUACGUAUUCAAAGUUUCGUUCAUGGCUAACUGAUGAUAUUAUAUAUUCUAAUUUAAUAAACAUGUUCAAACUUGAUGAUCGAAUAUCUUGUCCCAAACAAAAAAAAACUAUUAUAGGUAUUCCUGAAACAUUAAGAGACACUUAUAUACAAACAUAUGCCAAAGAUACUUCGAUUUCAAAAAAAUCCAAGUUUGACCACGACGAUUAUUGUGGCAACAAACGUAUUAAUAAACCUAGUGAAAAUAUCCUUAUAUCGAAACCAAUCUUAAUUCCAAUUGAAAAACAUAAUUUAUGGUACAAUAAAUGUAGCGUAUUAAGUAACGGAGAUAAAGUACACUGUAACGAAAAAGAAACAUAUUUUUAUGUAAAUACUGAAAGUAUACUAUGCCUGCAGAAUUAUCUCUUAUUUUCAUGUGCUAGAGAUUGUUCGAUAUUGAUGUCAUUUCGAGAAAUAAAUCCGAAUACAGUAUCGCCUAUUCUCGAUAAAAAUAUAAUACAACUUCCGGAUGGACUCAGCUUUGUUUGUGACAUCAGGAUUUCUGACAUAGAUCCGAAAAGUCUACAUUGCAUUGAAAAACAUCGGCAACGGGACAUCGACGUUUUAAAUUCAGUAAUAUCCUUUCUAGAAGAAGAAUUUAUAAUUAAACAUUAAAAGUCGUUUGAAAAAUGAUUACCGUAAUAGUAAUUUUCAACUAUAAGUAAGACCUUACUGUGUAAUGUUCCUGUAUCUCAUAUCUUUUAAAAAUAUAGAUGUUAUACAUAUAUGUAUGUUUUACAUAUCUCUAUGGUAUAUGUAAUAUUUAUAAAUAUAGAGAACAUAUGUAUAACAGAUAUGUUUUUGUAGAACAUGUAUAAUACAGAAAUUAUAAUAUUAUUAUGUUACAGUUAUAUUGUAAAGUAUUCACAAUUAAUAAUGUAAAUUCACAAUUGUUCAUUAAAAUAUAUACUUUAUACAUUCAUAUAUUCAUCUAACACAAUCAGCAGGUUCAUUCCUCGGUCGACAUGAUAUUUUAGCUUGUUCUGAUAAUUUAACAGUGUUUCAAACAAAAACUCAUCAGUAUCAGAUGAAGAAUUUGCGGAUGUAAAA